AAAUGUCAAAACAUUGUCAAAUUAUUUCCAAAACAAUUGGUACCAAAACUUUUUGGAAUAGGCUGCGCAUUGCAUUUGAAAAUUUCGUAUUUUGAAGCAAAUUACAGCUCACAAUUAGUGGCUACAGUAUAAACGAUGAUGUACCGAUUAAUUUGUACUGCGUAAGUUUGAACAUUGAACUAUUCUAGUCGACGGCCACCAACGAAUCGCUCAUAAUGCGGUUCCCGACCUUCCUAAAAUCGCUGCUGCUCGGCGUUCCGGUAGGAGUGACUCUGCUCGAUUGCGUCGGAUAUGUGGCGCGGGUUGAAGGUGUAUCGAUGCAGCCUGCUCUCAAUCCGGACGCAAGUGUGACAGAUUAUGUGUUCCUCUCGCGCUGGGCCGUACGAAACAUGGACGUGCAGCGGGGCGACAUUAUUUCGCUCAUCUCUCCCAAGGAUCCGAGUCAGAAAAUUAUCAAACGCGUUGUUGCUCUCCAGGGAGAUGUGAUCUCCACUCUAGGCUAUAAGCUGCCAUACGUUACGGUCCCGGAAGGGCAUUGCUGGGUUGAAGGGGAUCAUACAGGUAAUUCACUAGAUAGCAAUACAUUCGGACCCGUUUCGUUGGGCCUGGUUACUGCUCGGGCUACACAGAUCGUUUGGCCGCCAUCCCGCUGGCAACAGUUACCUUCAUCCGUACCAAAAACGAGAGUACCGAUCGCGAUCGGUAAACGGUCCACUACCGGCAGCACGAGAGCUGCGAACAACCAUACCGCUAGCAAUAGUAGCAGCAACAGCUCUUCACCAUUGGUUCAUCCCAUUGAAGAAGUGCAUCGACUGAAUUGAUAGAGAAAUGUGUCUGAGGUUUUAUUUUGAGUAGAAAAAAUCUUUAUUAUACAUGAUUAACCAAUCUCUUUGUUUGCCACCAAGCCAAUUUCUUAAUGUACUCUGCAAAAUGUA